AGCAGUCGGGAAAGAAGUCUGCAGAUUUUGUAGCAGAGAGCACUAAAGCUCAAACUCUCUCAAUUUGAAGACACACCUCUUUCAUGUAUUUUAUUCUCUCUAUUAUGGUCUUUCUCCUUUUAAUGUGUAUAUUUUGCUGUUUUUGGGAUUAUACUGGGGCUUCAUGAAGGUAGUGGAGCACACUCUCCCAUGGAAGAUGGGCAAUGUGUCAAAGACAGCCUUGUUUGUGUCCACUAUCUCCCGACAACACGAUGUCUUUAUGGGAUCACUUUAUUCUGUCUUCUGUGUGCUGUCACUCGUGGGAAAUGGGAUGCUUUUGUUUGUUGCCUACCGUAAGAGAUUGUGCCUGAAGCCAGCAGAGUUUUUUAUUGUGAAUCUGUCUGUGAGUGAUCUGGGGAUGACCCUGUCUCUGUUUCCUCUGGCUAUUCCAUCUGCUCUCGCACACAGGUGGUUGUUUGGAGAGAUUGUUUGCCUGUGCUAUGCUAUGUGCGGGGUUUUAUUUGGUUUAUGUAGUCUAACAAACCUGACUGCUUUGUCGUCAGUCUGCUGUCUCAAAGUCUGCUUCCCAAAUUACGGCAACAAAUUCUCAUCCAACCAUGCUUGUGUGAUGGUGGUUGGGGUGUGGUGUUAUGCAUCUGUGUUUGCUAUCGGACCUCUAGCUCGGUGGGGGAGUUUUGGACCAGAACCGUACGGAACCGCUUGCUGCAUAAACUGGUACAAUCUAUCCUAUGAUCCCCUUGCCAUGUCUUAUAUCAUCAGUCUCUUUAUCUUCUGUUAUGUACUCCCAUGUACCAUCAUCAUCCUCUCCUACACCUUCAUCCUGAUCACAGUGAGAGGCUCUCGCCAAGCGGUUCGACAACACGUUUCACCACAAACUAAAGUAACAAAUGCGCAUACUUUGAUAGUCAAGCUCUCAGUGGCUGUAUGUAUUGGCUUCCUCACGGCCUGGAGUCCGUAUGCUGUGGUCGCCAUGUGGGCAGCGUUCAGUGCCAACGAGCAAGUCCCACCCGCAGCAUUUGCCCUGGCAGCUAUUCUGGCCAAAUCUUCCACCGUUUAUAACCCUAUGGUUUAUCUGCUCUUCAAACCUAACUUUCGCAAUUCACUGAGUCAGGACACUCAAACCAUUCGCCACAGGAUUUGUAUGAGCCACAGUAAGGCCAGUCCUGUACCACGAAUUAAAAGCCAUCAACUGCAGAGCUCUCAACCAUGUAAUAGUAAGGAUGCCAGCAACUCCACACCUUUUUCCAGCAGCCAACCAGAGAGUUACGGUGCGUGUGUACAUCCGCAGACGCACUUCCAGCAAACCAGCACCCAGAGAACUGCUUGUGUCCUGGAGGGAACCGUCCAAACUGAAAUUACUGUGAGACAGCUGGCUAAAAGUAUUCACAAUGACCUCCUGUGAAAAGAAAGAAAAAAACUUUGGGUUAUCAUUGGUCCCACACAGUAAUCAUAAGUGCUGACCAAAAUCCACUUCUCUCUGAACAUAAGUUUUUAAUGCAUGCUGUAAGCUUCAAAAAUGUAUAUUAUGUGAAUAUAAUUUUGUAAAUAAAGUUAAACGUGAAGAAACAUA